CCCGGCAGCCAUGGUCCCGGCCCAGCUCCUGCGCUCUCAGGCCGUACAUGGCCGGGGAGGUUAUGAUUCUGAUUUUAGUGAUGAUGAAAGCGGAGAGAAAUUUAACCAAAGAAAUAAAAGUAAUGAAGAUGCCCUACUCACAAAACCAUUCCAGAAAGCAAAACAGGUCAAGGUGGCUCACAGACAAAUUGCAGCAGAAGAAUUGGAUAGGGAAGAAGCAAGAAAUAGGAGAUUUCAUUUGAUAGCCAUGGAUGCUUAUGCAAGACAUAAAAAGUUUGUGAAUGACUACAUUUUAUACUAUGGUGGAAAAAAGGAGGACUUCCAACGUUCAGGAGCAAAUGACAAGACAGACCUUGAUGUUGUAAGAGAAAACUAUAGAUUCCUGUGGAAAGAGGAAGAUACAGUGGACAUGAAUUGGGAAAAGAGACUUGCAAAGAAAUACUAUGAUAAAUUAUUCAAAGAGUACUGCAUAGCAGAUCUGACAAGAUACAAAGAGAACAAGGUACAUUUAAAAUUCAUAAAUCUUUUUGAUUGUCAAAUAUGUUCUUUGUUAAGCAACAUUUUAAUUUAAAAAUUGCCACCCUGUGACACCAAAUUGUGUAUUGUGACAUUGCAAGGAGUGUUGUACUGAACGUGAACAGAUAUCGAUAGAGGAUACUGCACUAAGAGCUGGUCCUGCAAACACUCCCUAUGUUGAAUUCAGUGGGACUAUUCAUAGUAAAUGUCUGCAAAAUAUGGCCCUAAAUUUGUCUAUUGCAGAAUGAAUUGUCUUAAGACCUUAAGCAACAGAAAAAUAUUUAAGAUGCCUUUCCUGGUUUUUUGAUUGAUCUUUAGCUCAUCGUCCUACAUUUGUCAUAUCCCUCAAUCCCUUCCACCUUCAGAAAAAAAUCUGUCUCCCUUGAACUCAUUUUAUGGUUUUCUUUUAUAUCUUUAAUUAUUAUGCCCAGUAUCUUAUUUCUUGUGUUUGUUAUCUAUUGUGGUGCAGCAAGACUUUUUCAGGUGUCAUGGCCAUACCAAGUGGUUAUGGGAUGGGAGUCAAGUCAUUUAGAUCAGGAUACCAAGAUCAGGAGGAGGAGACGAAUUUGAGGGUAGAACCAUGAAUCUGUAACAAGAGUCAGCCUAGGUCAGGAUACCAGGGGGUCAAAGGCAGGAGACAAACUUGAUCAGAACCAUGAAUUGGGAGUCAGUUAUGCUGGUUUGGAAUACCAAGUGAUAAGAGACAAACCAGAUAUUAGGACCACAACUCAGAUUAGGGAUGUAAUAGUCUAGUUGAUUAGCUGAUUGACCGAUAAGCAAAAGCUUAUCAGUUAAUGUUAUAGAGUACAUGUAUUCCUCCCCCCACCGGCCCC